CCCAUCCACCACGAGAUCAUCCUGGAGGCCGGGGUCGUUCCUCCUCAUGGUUGCAUCUACCGCAUGAGCGAGAAAGAGUUAAGUGUGCUACAGGCACAACUCGAUGACCUUCUUGAGAAAGGCUGGAUUCGGCCCUAGCUCUUCGUCAUACGGCGCUCCCGUUCUCUUCGUCCGAAAGAAGAACAGGGACUUGCGGUUGUGCAUCGAUUAUCGCAAGCUCAACGCGCAAACCGUCAAGAGCGCCGGCCCUCUUCCGCGUAUUGGCGACUUCCUGGAACGGCUGGGCAGCGCCAAGUUCUUCUCCAAGCUUGACCUCAAAUCGAGAUAUCACGAACUCGAGAUCCGACAGGACCGCUACAAGACCUCGUUUAAGAUGCGAUAUGGGCAUUUCGAAUGGCUGGUUAUGCCUUUUCGCCUUACGAAUGCCCCGACCACAUUCCAAGCGGCUAUGACAACGGAGUUCCAACACAUGCUCGAUAGAUUCGUACUCAUCUACUUUGACGAUAUCUUGGUGUACAGCCGGAGUUUGGACGAGCAUGUGGAGCCACUGCGCACCGUUUUGGAGCAGCUACGACAAGCCAAGUACAAAGCCAACCGCGACAAAUGCGAAUUUGCGCGGCAAGAGUUGGAGUACUUGGGACAUUAUGUGACUCCGCAAGGCAUCAGUCCGCUCGCGGACAAGAUUGAGCCCAUCCGCGUAUGGCCCGAGCCCACCAACACCACGGACGUUCGCUCAUUCAUGGGGUUGGUGCGCUACUAUCAACGCUUCAUCACCGGAUACUCAAGGAUCGCCGUACCAUUGACGAGACUACAAUCACCAAAGGUGCCAUUCGUAUUCGACGACAACGGGCGCCGGUCAUUCCAAACACUCAAGACGGCCAUGCUCAUGCCACCCGUCCUUAGCAUCUACGACCCCACCUUGCCAACGAGAGUCACGACUGACGCUUCCGGCUAUGGCAUUGGGGCAGUCUUGGAACAACACGACGACGGCGAUUGGCACCCCGUGGAGUAUUUCAGCCACAAAGUGCCUCUCAUCAACUCACUUGAUGAUGCAAGGAAGAAGGAGCUACUCGCGUUCGUAAUGGCUCUCAAGCGAUGGCGACACUUCCUCCUUGGGCGUCGUAAGUUCACAUGGGUCACAAACAACAACCUGUUGACCUACUACAAGACGCAGGAUACGGUGAGCAGCACGAUCGGACGAUGGAUGUACUUCAUCGACCAAUUUGACUUCACACUGGAACAUAUCACCGGCCUCUCCAAUCGCGCAGCAGAUGCACUCUCGCGAAGACCCGAUCUUUGCGUUGUGACACAUCAUGCCUUCGCGUUCGACGAGGAACUUCAGCGGCAUUUCAUUCGGGGCUAUCAAUCCGAUCCAAAUUUCGCCACGCUAUAUGCGCAACUAUCUUCGGAUCACCCGUUGGCCAGCCAGUAUCGCAUCGCCGACGGGUACUUGCUUCUCCCCUUGAGAGGCAAGGACUUAUUGUGUGUCCCACAAGACCAUCGUUUUCGGACUCACCUUCUAGGUGAGUACCACGACUCGCGACUUGCCGACCAUUUUGGAAUCAAUCGCACUAUUGCACGACUUCGGCAACAAUUUCGAUGGCCCGACCUCAUUACCGAUGUCACUCGGUAUUGUGACUUUUGCGAAGUUUGCCGACGAAGCAAGCCCCACAACCGCAAUCCCUACGGCGACUAGUGCUCGAUGCCUAUCCCAAGGGAGCCCGGCCUCUCCAUUGCCAUGGACGUUAGCGGCCCAUUUCCCCGCGACCGUUUCGAGCACGACGGCAUCCUCACGGUCAUUGACCGAUUGAGUAAAUACACGCGAUUUCU